AUGUCGAGGAAGAUGCUCAUAGAUGGGGAACUGAGCCAUCAGGCCGAAGUGGAGGAACACUAUGACUUUGAUUUAUUCGUUAUUGGAGCAGGAAGUGGUGGUGUUCGUGCUAGUAGAUUUUCAGCUAGUCAUGGAGCGAAGGUUGGCAUCUGUGAACUUCCAUUCGAUCCAAUCAGCUCAGAAGUAGUUGGAGGAAUUGGUGGAACGUGUGUCAUUCGUGGCUGUGUACCCAAAAAGAUUCUAGUGUAUGGUGCAUCAUUUGGUCCUGAGCUUCAGGAUGCUCGAAGUUUUGGUUGGGAUGUGAAUGAGAAAGUAGAUUUUGAUUGGAAGAAACUUUUACGAAAGAAGACAGAUGAGAUAGUCCGAUUAAAUGGAAUUUACAAGCGUUUACUGACUAAUUCAGGAGUAAAAAUGUAUGAAGGAGAGGGAAAGAUUGUUGGUCCACAUGAAGUUGAGGUGACACAACUUGAUGGUACCAAAAUAUGCUAUUCAGCAAAGCACAUACUGAUUGCAACUGGCAGUAGAGCUGUCAUUCCUGAUAUUCCCGGGAAGGAGUGGGGGAUAACAUCCGAUGAGGCUUUGAGUCUAGAGGAGUUGCCUAAGCGUGUCGUGGUGCUUGGAGGAGGGUACAUUGCUGUUGAAUUUGCUUCGAUCUGGAAUGGUAUGGGUGCUAAAGUUGACCUAUGUUUUAGAAGGGAACUUCCGCUAAGAGGUUUUGACGAUGAAAUGAGAGCAGUGGUUGCAAGGAACCUGGAAGCCAGAGGAAUUAAUAUGCACCUAAGAACAAAUUUGACAGAAUUGAUAAAAACAGAGGACGGAAUAAAAGUUAUCACAGAUCAUGGCGAGGAGUUGUUGGCAGAUGCUGUGUUGUUUGCGACUGGUCGUGCUCCUAAUUCAAAAAGAUUAAAUUUGAAAGCAGUUGGUGUCGAAGUUGAUCGUCACGGUGCUGUGAAGGUUGAUGAUUAUUCACGCACGACUGUACCUAGUAUCUGGGCUAUUGGAGAUGUUACUAAUCGAAUGAAUCUUACGCCUGUGGCUCUAAUGGAGGGAUCAUACUUUGCUAACACUGUUUUUGGUGGUGAACCUACCAAACCGGACUACAAUUUUGUACCCUAUGCCGUAUUCUGUAUUCCUCCUCUCUCUGUUGUGGGCCUAAGUGAAGAAGAAGCUGUAGAGAAGGCAAAGGGUGACAUUCUGGUGUACACAUCUUCGUUCAAUCCAAUGAAGAAUACAAUCUCUGGCCGACAAGAGAAGACAGUCAUGAAGCUCGUGGUUGAUGGCGACACACAAAAGGUCCUUGGUGCAUCGAUGUGUGGUCCUGAUGCUCCUGAAAUUAUGCAGGGAAUCGCUGUCGCUCUUAAAUGUGGAGCAACCAAGCAACAGUUUGAUAGCACUGUCGGAAUACACCCAUCUGCGGCAGAGGAGUUCGUGACGAUGCGAAGUGUAACUAGGCGAAUUGAAGCAGGUAGCAAAUUGAAAACAAACCUUUAAACCCACACCCACAUUUUACUGGAGCGUUACAAGAUGCCACGUCUCGAUGGUAAGUAAAAUAUGGUUCUGGUUUUGUUAAUUUGCAGAAAUGUCACUACGGGCAUAUAUAGAUCAAAUUAUAUAUAAAUAGUUUUUUUUUUUUAUUUAUUUGGUUGGAAUAAGAAGUUCGCCAGGUCAAAAUAUGUGAGCCUGGGGUUAUUAGUUAUUAUUUAUAAUGGGGCUUUUUUCUUUUUUUACCGAACUAAGUUGGUAAUAUUUCGGUUAAAUGUGUAAAUUUUUACUGGAUUACUUCCUUAGAUUAUUUUAUAUUGUUGUCAAAGAGUUUCUAGGUUCUGGAUAUCUCCUCCAUGUGGAGUUCACUCGUUGGUUUAUCCGGUUUGAAAGGUAUAAUUUGUGUUUGUUUUAUUUGUUUGUAAUUUUCGAAA